AUGGGGUGUAAAGAUGACAUUUUUAAAGUCCAAACCGUAAAUAAAGAAGAAGCAUGGGAGCUUUUCAGGGCGACUGUAGGUGAAUCCUUAGACAAUAAUCCUGAUUUGUCUCAUGUUGCAAAAUUGAUUGUUGAUGAAUGCAAAGGUUUACCCAUUGCUAUCAUAACUGUUGGGAAAGCUCUUCUACCAAGUAAUGGCAAGCAUGAAUGGAAUACCGCCUUGCAAGAACUGAAAAAUUCCCUCCCUGAAAACAUCCCUGGAAUGGAACCUGAGGUUUAUUCUUGCAUAAAAUUGAGUUAUGAUAAAUUGGAUAGCGACGAAGUCAAGUCAUGCAUUUUACUUUGUUGCUUAUUUCCAGAAGAUUAUGAUGUUCCGAUUGAGUAUUUGGUGAAGUAUGGGUUGGGUCGAGCAACUUUUAGAAAUACCAACACAGUCGAAGAUGUAAGAAACAAAGUGCAUUCUUUCAUUGGACAACUAAAAAGAAGGUAUUUGUUGCUGGAUAGUCUCAAGGAAGAGUGUAUUAAAAUGCAUGACAUAGUUUGUGAUGUGGCUAUAUCAAUUGCCUCAAAAGAUCCUCAAAGAUUUAUGGUAAGAUCAUUUGAUGCUGAAGAUGGAGGUGGAGGAUGGCCAGGAGACAAAAAGUUACAAACCAAGAACAUUGCAGGGCAAUUUCAUUAA